GAACCUUGAAGCUAUUUCACUGGAGUAGUUCAAAGUCUCUCCUUGUCUAAAACUAGUGUCCUUGUGCCAUUUUGUGGUGGUCAAGAUGAAGAAGAAACUGAUAAUGAUUUUGUUCAUACUCCUGCAACUUCUGUUAAUAAACUCUCUAUCUCCCAAACACUCAUCAGCAAAACCAAAAGCAGAAAUCAAUGUAAUGGGUUUUGUUUACUGUGAUGUCUGCUCCAACAACAGUUUCUCCAGACACAGUUACUUCAUGUCCGGCGUGGAAGUGAGAAUAGUCUGCAAAUUCAAAGCAGCAUCGUCGAGAACAAACGAAGUGAUAACAUUCUCUGCAAACAGAACCACUAACGAGUUCGGACUCUACAAGGUAGCCAUUACUUCUCUAUAUUGCGCUGACGUGGACAGACUCGCGACUUCUUGUCAAGCGAGUUUGGUCGGAAGAUUAAGCUCCUCGGAUUCUUCUUGCAGCGUUCCUGGUUAUAGAACCACUACGGAUCAAGCCGUGUUCAAGUCUAAACGGUCUAGCAUCUGUAUCUAUGGAUUCAAUGCUUUGAAUUUCAGACCGUUCAAGAAGAAUCUUGCCUUGUGUGGCAAGAAAUAGAGACUUGUAAACCACAAAAUUAUCUUCUACUCAGAAAUAAUGUCUACUAGCAAGGAAUGCUCGGAACGAAAAAUUGUUUUAUCUUUUAUUAGCAUUUAUGUUGAAGGAUGCAUAUUAUUUUUUAUUUGAAC